GAGCGCGCGGCGCCCACGAUCAAGCCGGAGAGACUUGAGAAUUCCAGCCAAUGACGUGCCAGGAGUGAGAUGAACUUCUGUCUUGGUUUGGGCGCCUGACCAAUCACAAGCUCUUUUACCCGGAUAUGGUUUCUGGGUUCUGAGAGUAGCUGCUGGAGUGUAGGGUUUGGUGCACGUGGGGUGCAGACUCUGGGUGCAAAAUAGGGGCGGCGCGUGGCAAGCUUAGUGGUACGUUCGUGCGUGUACUGCUCGGGGCUGUCCGCUUGGGGUUUGAGUGCAGAACGAACCUAUGGUGUCUGUAGUGGAUAACAUUCCCGCUGCUGCAUCCAGGUGCUUCCUGGGGUGAUCUGUCACCAGGAGCCGUCUCGAAGACGCAGCUCACGGUGGGAAUAUGAAUCUCUUACCUAAAAGCUCCAAGGAGUUUGGCUCUGCUGACUACUGGGAGAAGUUUUUCCAGCAUCGAGGAAAGAAAACUUUCGAAUGGUAUGGAACCUAUCUGGAGCUGUGCGAGGUGCUGCACAAAUACAUCAAGCCCAAGGAAAAGGUGCUUGUGAUCGGAUGUGGCAACUCAGAGCUCAGCGAGCAACUCUAUGACGUGGGCUAUCAGGAUAUCAUGAACAUCGACAUCAGCGAGGUUGUCAUCAAGCAAAUGAAAGAACGCAAUGGCAGCCGGCGGCCCCACAUGAGCUUCUUGAAGAUGGACAUGACGCACAUGGAGUUCCCAGAUGCCACAUUCCAGGUGGUGCUGGACAAGGGCACACUGGACGCUGUCCUGACAGAUGAGGAGGAGAAGACCCUGCGUCAGGUGGACAGGAUGCUGGCUGAGGUUGGCCGUGUCCUGCAGGUGGGCGGUCGCUACCUCUGCAUCUCCCUGGCUCAGGCUCACAUCCUGAAGAAAGCAGUGGGUCACUUCUCUCGGGAGGGGUGGAUGGUGAGGGUACACCAAGUGACCAACAGCCAGGACCAGGUGUCUGAAGCAGAGCCUCGGUUCUCCCUGCCUGUCUUUGCCUUCGUCAUGACCAAGUUCAGGCCAGUCCCUGGCUCUGCCCUUCAGAUCUUUGAGCUGUGUACUCAGGAGCAGGGCAAGCCUGUACGGCUGGAGAGUGCCGAUCGGCUGGCCGAGGCUGUGCGGGAGCGGCAGCACUAUGCCUGGCUGUGUAGUCAGCUUCGCCGCAAAGCCGCCGGGCUGGGGAGUGUGUCUCUGGACUUGUGCAGUGGGGACACGGGGGAGCCACGCUACACCCUCCACGUGGUGGACAACCCCGCUGUGAAACCAUCGCGGGACAAUCAUUUUGCCAUUUUCAUCAUACCCCAGGGUCGGGAGACGGAGUGGCUCUUUGGCAUGGAGGAGGGCCGGAAGCAGCUGGCAUCCAGUGCGGGCUUCAGGAGGUUGGUCACAGUGGCUCUUCACCGAGGCCAGCGGUAUGACAGCAUGGAAAGCAUUCAAGCAGAGUUGUCGGCCAGAGUCAUGGAGCUGGCCCCAGCUGGGAUGCCCCCCAAGCAGGUGCCCUUCCUGUCUGUUGGCGGGGACAUCGGGGUCCGGACUGUUCAGCAGCGAGCCCACAGUGCCUUGAGCGGUGACUACGUUAUUGAGGAUGUGCAAGGGGAGGACAGGCGGUAUUUCCGGCGGCUCAUCUUCCUCAGCAACAGGAGCGUGGUGCAGUCGGAGGCCCGGCUGCUGAAGGAUGUGUCCCACAGAGCCCAGAAGAAGCGGAAAAAGGACAAGAAGAAACAGCAACCUGCUGAUCUUUCUGAGGACGUCCCGCCUGCCCCAGGGCAGUGCAUCGAUAAGAGUUACCUCUGUUGCGAACACCAUAAAGCCAUGAUUGCUGGCCUUGCCCUGCUGAGAAACCCAGAGCUACUCUUAGAGACUCCACUGGCAUUGUUGGUGGUGGGCCUGGGUGGGGGUAGCCUCCCCCUCUUCAUUCAUGAUCAUUUCCCGAAGUCCCGUAUUGAUGCUGUUGAGAUUGACCCCUCCAUGCUGGAAGUGGCCACCCAGUGGUUCGGCUUCGCACAGAGUGACCGGAUGAAGGUUCACAUCGCAGAUGGCCUUGACUACGUUACCAGCCUGGCAGGAGGAGAAGCACGCCCUCACUAUGAUGUGAUAAUGUUUGAUGUAGACAGUAAGGAUCCAACACUGGGAAUGAGUUGUCCUCCCCCAGCAUUUGUGGACCAACUUUUCCUGCAGAAGGUCAAAAGCAUCCUGUCUCGUGAAGGUAUCUUUAUCCUUAACCUUGUAUGUCGUGACUUGGGGUUGAAGGAGUCGGUGCUGGCUGGACUCAGGGCAGCCUUCCCUCUCCUGUACGUCCGGCGGAUUGAGGGCGAGGUGAACGAGAUCCUGUUUUGUCAGCUGCAUCCAGAACAGAAACUCGCUACACCAGAGCUCCUGGAACAGGCCCAGGCUCUGGAGCGGACCCUGAGGAAGCCCGGGCAGAGUUGGGACGACACCUAUGUUCUGUCAGAUAUGCUGAAGACCGUGAAGAUUGUGUGAACCCUGGGGCCAGGCAACUCAGCUUUCUGUCCAAGCUGACUUGAACACCCGGGCUGCUGGAAGUCAAAGCAUGACGCACAUUACUUUUAGACCUCAUGUUUUUCUUGGUCACAUGAUCAGCUAUGUGCUUCCCACCUUUUGGGAUGGGAGGCAACACCUGGGAUGAUAGUUUUAAGUUUCUUAAAAAGUCUGAUUAUGAAAGCCAAGUGGUGAUAGCAUAGGCCUUUAAUCCCAGCACUUGAAAGGCAGAGGCAGAUUGAUCUUUAUAAGUUUUAGGCCAGUCUGGUCUACAGAGUGAAUUCAGGACAGCCAAGGCUCUACAGAGAAGCCCUGUUUUUGAAAAACAACACAAAAGUCUGAUGGAAGAAGAGUAGGGUUGGUUACCUCUGCUUCUGGAGGCUGAGGGAAGACCAAGGACAAGUUACGGUUGAGCAUUGCAGUAUCAUGGAUAUAUAAACCAAAGGUCAUAUGUUGAAAGCUGGCUCCCGGGCCCCUGUGGCUCCUUUGGAAGGUGGUAGAGCUUUUAGGAGGCAUUUUGUAGAAGGAGAUAGGGUCACUGGUGUGUCCUUGAAGGGACCGUUGGGACGCUGGCCUGCCUCUUGGCCUUCGGCUGCUGUCAAGUGAAGAACUCAUCCCAUCAUAUCUUCCCCUUCAUGCUGCCCUGCUUUUACCACAGGCACAAGGACAAUGAAUGGGUCUGCUCACUGUAGCCUGGAACCUCCACCCUAAGCCAAAUAAACUUUCUUCCUUGAAA